AUGGGGAGUCUGCGCGUCCUUGGGGGUGUGGUGCUGCUACUUACUGCACUUUGCCGUUCUAGCGAGACCGUCUUCAGCGUCAACGAUGAUCUAUUUGCUUUCCCCCAGUAUAACAUAGAAUUCACCGACCUCUAUAUCCCUGAAGCGGAUGCGAUAUCACUCCUAAAAUCCAAGGCAAGCGACGGGUCAGAAUCACCGCAGCCGCUUCGCAACGAUGUCUCCGCGAGCAUCAACCCAGAUACCCAUGAUGGCCUUGUAGGAGAAGACCCUGAUCAAUCAGGAUCAUACGAGCGACUCCUCCUACGUGGCUACCCACAUCUGUGCUUCAUUCCCGAAGCCAAACCGGCUGUUGCGAAUGGCACCACCUUUGAGCCAUCUGCGGAAGAUUACGAGAAGGAGUUGAGUCAAGCGGUAGACAGAGCUUCUCAAUUGCUGCAAGGGAUGGCUUCAAACCAAUGCCUAUACUACUCGACCGGCUGGUGGACAUACUCGUUCUGCUACAACUCUCAAGUGACACAAUUUCAUGCGCUUCCUCCGGGUACAAAUGGAAGGGUGUGGCCUCCGCAGGAAGAUCCAACGACACCCAGCUACAUCUUGGGGAAGUUCGAAACGCCCAAACCCUCGAACGAGAAGACAAAGCCGAACUCGGACAGUGCUCUCUCCACGGAAGUCAAGUCAAAAGCAGAAACAAACUACCUUGUACAGCGUCUGACGGGAGGCACACCCUGCGAUCUGACCGGAAAUGAACGCAAGAUCGAGGUGCAAUUUCACUGCAAUCCACAACUUACGGACCGAAUUGGCUGGAUAAAGGAGACCGCCACUUGUGCCUAUAUGAUGAUCAUCUACACCCCGCGAUUGUGCAACGAUGUCGCAUUCCAGCCGCCUAAAGAGAGCCGCGCUCAUCCUAUCACAUGCCGCGAGAUCGUCCCCGAAAACGAAGUAGGUGAUUGGCAAGCACGUCGGAAUGCCGAGGAUAUCAUUCAGCAGAGGAUCGACCAGGGCCAGUCCCAGCAGAUCGUACUCGGAGGGAUAGAGGUCGGCGGUAUGAAGCUGGUCGGCCGCGAAGGCAAGAGACUGGAAAGAGGGCGUAUCGUUCUGACACAAGAUGAAAAAGCUGAGACGGUCAUCAUGCAGAAGAACGGCCAGAUCUCGGGCAUGUCCAAGGCGCAGCUCAAAAAACUAGAUCUGAGCCAAGAGGACAUUGAUGCCUUUCAAAAGGAGCUCCAGAAACUCGCUGCAGGCAAGGAUUGGAAAAUUGAACGCCUGGAUGACGUGGACGGGCAUAUCCAGCUCAGAGGGGUUGUGUCUAACGACGACGAUGGAGACGAGAACGGUGCGCAUCAAGACGCGGGCGACAAAGAUGGUCCUGACGAAGAUAACGAUGCUACAGGUAGUCAAGAGGAAUACGCUGAGGGCUUUUGA